AUGGGUGAAGAACCAGCCAUCGCACCCGGCCUUAUCCUUUUCCUUUGUAACUUCACGAUGGCUACAAAACCGCACGAUGGGGCUGCUGAGGAGGAAUUACUAGGAUGGAGGGAAGUACAUGCAGAAUUAGUGGCGGCCGUCAUUAGUGAGCGCGAAACGAUUGCCGGGCUGAAGGCGCAGAAGCGGUACUGGCUGGAAGAGAUCAGUGCAAAUUUGACGGAAGAUGGAAAGCUUACAAACUCAUCCGUGUGGAAGAAGCCUACCCCUUUGAAAAAAGCCAUCAAAAAGAGCAUCGGCAAGAAAGAGCUUAAAAAGACGGUAGGGACGAAAAGGAAGAAAGAAGCAAGUAUUGAUUCGAAAACAAGCAAAAAGGCUCGAAAGAAAAAAUCCGGUGAGGAAGAGAAGAAACCCACUACGGCUCCAGCGAAAUCUAAGGUGCAGAAAGUCAAGGUUCGAGUAGAAAAGGCCAACCCAAAGGUGGAACAGCUUCAAGGGGAUGACGGACGCAGCUCGGUCGACAGCUACAGCGCAGUUCAUCAGAAGCAUGGCCCGCAAUCAAGUGUGCAUCAACAAUCGCAGCCGCCGCCCCACUGGGGUCCGAGUCAUCACAAUUUUCCAAUGAUGGCAGCUGUUGCGUUUGGAUCAAAUCCUCCAGUUCCAGGAUAUCCUGCAAUGGUUCAUCAGCAGCCUCCUCCACAAGGUUAUCCUCAAUACUAUCGGCCUCCAAGUGCUAAUCCCUCUCAUGCGUAUCCUCUGCAUCGGACCUACGCAUCGAUUCAAGAUGCAGCGGACGAAGAGUCUGACGAGGAUCCGUUUUGA